CCAGCGCACACACAGUCACACCCGCAAGCACUCACGUGUGUGCAUCUGAUUGCAUCUGCCAGUGGCCGCCACCAGUCCCCGGGGAACCCAAUCCCAGACGGAUUCUGAGGAUCCGACGGGAGGGGCGCUCUCGGGCAGCAGAGAGACUCGGGGAGCAGCCAUCAGGAGAGGAGAGAGGCCCGCCGGACCCACAGCGAUGAGACAGGACGUGCCCAAGCCCAGCCCUGCAGCCCGCCACUGCUCCGGCCUGGCCCGGAGGGUGCUGACCAUCGCCUUCGCGUUGCUCAUCCUGGGCCUCAUGACCUGGGCUUACGCCGCCAGCGUGCCGCUGGCCUCGGAUCGCUACGGCCUCAUGGCCUUCGGCCUCUACGGGGCCUUCCUCUCGGUGCACCUGGUAGCGCAGAGCCUCUUCGCGUACCUGGAGCACCGGCGGGUGGCGGCGGCGGCGCGGCGGGCGGCGGCGCGGGGGCCUCCGGACGCUGCCACGGCGCGCAGCGUGGCGCUGACCAUCUCCGCAUACCAGGAGGACCCCGCGUACCUGCGCCAGUGCCUGGUGUCCGCGCGCGCCCUCGUGUACCCGCGUGCGCGGCUGCACAUCCUCAUGGUGGUGGACGGCAACCGCGCCGAGGACCUCUACAUGGUCGACAUGUUCCGCGAGGUCUUCGCCGACGAGGACCCCGCCACCUACGUGUGGGACAGCAACUACCACCAGCCGUGGGAACCUGCGGCGGCGGGCGCGGCGGGCGAGGGCGCCUACCGGGAGGUGGAGGCCGAGGAUCCCGGGCGGCUGGCGGUGGAGGCGCUGGUGAGGACGCGCAGGUGCGUGUGCGUGGCGCAGCGCUGGGGCGGCAAGCGCGAGGUCAUGUACACCGCCUUCAAGGCGCUCGGCGACUCGGUGGACUACGUGCAGGUCUGUGACUCAGACACCAGGCUGGACCCUGUGGCACUGCUGGAGCUGGUGCAGGUGCUGGACGAGGACCCCCGGGUAGGGGCUGUUGGGGGCGACGUGCGGAUCCUUAACCCUCUGGACUCCUGGGUCAGCUUCCUAAGCAGCCUGCGGUACUGGGUGGCCUUCAACGUGGAGCGCGCUUGUCAGAGCUACUUCCACUGCGUGUCCUGCAUCAGUGGUCCCCUAGGCCUAUAUAGGAACAACCUCCUGCAGCAGUUCCUUGAGGCCUGGUACAACCAGAAGUUCCUGGGCACCCACUGCACCUUUGGGGAUGACCGUCACCUCACCAACCGCAUGCUCAGCAUGGGCUAUGCCACCAAGUACACCUCGCGGUCCCGCUGCUACUCGGAGACGCCCUCAUCCUUCCUGCGCUGGCUGAGCCAGCAGACGCGCUGGUCCAAGUCGUACUUCCGCGAGUGGCUGUACAACGCGCUCUGGUGGCACCGGCACCACGCGUGGAUGACCUACGAGGCGGUGGUCUCGGGCCUCUUCCCCUUCUUCGUGGCGGCCACGGUGCUCCGGCUCUUCUACGCGGGCCGCCCGUGGGCGCUGCUCUGGGUGCUGCUGUGCGUGCAGGGCGUGGCGCUGGCCAAGGCGGCCUUCGCGGCCUGGCUGCGCGGCUGCCUGCGGAUGCUCCUGCUCUCGCUCUACGCGCCCCUCUACAUGGGCGGCCUCCUGCCCGCCAAGUUCCUGGCGCUGGCGACCAUGAACCAGAGCGGCUGGGGCACGUCAGGCCGCCGCCAGCUGGCCGCCAACUACGUCCCGGUGCUGCCGCUGGCCCUCUGGGCGCUGCUGCUGCUCGGGGGGCUGGUCCGCAGCGUGGUGCGCGAGGCCCGGGCCGACUGGAGCGGCCCCUCCCGCGCGGCCGAGGCCCGCCACCUGGCCGCGGGGGCCGGCGCCUACGUGGGCUACUGGGCCAUCAUGCUGACCUUCUACUGGGUGUGGGUGCGGAGGCUCUGCCGGAGGCGAGCGGGGGGCUACCGCGUCCAGGUGUGAGUCCAGGUGCGCGGGGCGCCCGCUCAGGGGGGUCCGGGGGCGGCCAGAGGAGACCUACCAGGGUCCCCGGAACCACGAACUUGCCGGGUGACCCUCUGGGCCUCAGUUGCCCUCCUCUGUGAAGUGAGGGGCUCGACCCAAGACUCUUCAGCCUGGACUCUUUGGGGGCUGGUAAUUCUGGGUCUCUUGGGAGGGGUAUUUAUUGAACAGGGUGUGGGUUUUUAGGGGCGGGGGGGAAAGGGGCCCCCACAUGCUGUCCUGGGGCCCCCGAUUUCUCCCUGUUCUUAUUUAACCCCCAUUUGUACUGUGUGAUUAGGAUAUAAUAAUUUUAUUUAUUUUCUUCCGAGCCUACCUCCUCCGUUCGUCUUCUUUUUCUUUAUUUUUUUUGAGAAUUAAGGGGGCUGAAUGGUUGAGAACUGGGAACUCGUGGCUCCAUCUGGGGUGCCAGCUGUUUGAAACUAGACAGGAUACCCUCCUUCCUCGGAGCCUGGACUCCCUCUUUGGAACAUAGUGAUAGGAGUCCCAUGGAUCAGGGUUGUUUUGAGGGUGGAAUUUCUCAACUCUUCAUUCAGAUACUUACAGAGCACCUACUAUGUACCCGACACUAUCAUCUCAUUUCAUUCAUUCUUUGAUCCAAUCGGCCACAAAAACAUUUAUCAAUUUCCUAUUGAAUUCCACACACUUUGCCAGGUUUGCAAAUACAGAAGCAAUUAAGAGGCAGAAUUUGCCUUCCAGGAGCUCCUAGUCAAUUAAGCAAAGAGACUGUGAUCCCUAGUUAAGGAUACCCAGACACAUGCCUCUAUGACUUCUGUUGUCACAGAGGUGGGACGAUUUAAAUUAUGAAAACUAUUAAAGAUUAGAAAUUCAGUUCCUCAGUUGCACUGGCCACAAUUCUGGUGCUUCAUGGCCACAUGUGGCUGGUGGCUGCCAUACUGGACAGGGCAGGUCUAGAACGUUUCCAUCAGGGCAGAGAGUUCUACUGGACAUUGCUGCUGUCCUGACCAUUGAUCCUGACCCUUGUCUUUUCUUUCAUAUCCGACACGCUGAUCCGUCAGUAGAUCCCACUGGUUCUACCUACAUGACAGAUCUAGGACCACCACUCCUCACCUUCACUGUCACUGCUUUGUCCCCGAGCUGCAUCUCUUCCCUGGAUUAAAGUUGCUACCUCAUGCCUGGCCUACCACCUAACAGUGACCUCUGCUUCCACC